AGAUGCAGCAGGAGGAUUGUCCAUCUUUUAUGGAGUAAGAAGAUAACAUUAUUCCUGAGCUGCUGUGGAAUGUCAUUCUGCUCCUCAAGAAUGGAUUUCACUUUUAAGAUCCAUAUCUGAGCUUGUAUUUUUGUUCAUGCUGGAACCGCUGCAAAAAUGAGCAAACUUUUUUUCUGGUUCACUAUGGCAACUCUACUUAUCCUUGUUGUCAUGAGGUUCUCCUACAUUUACCACUCCAAGCUGGACAUAAACAUGUUUAUGACCGCGAUUAGAGAACGGACUUUGAAGAACAUAAUGGAAGACAAACCUCCCAGAAAGGAGUUAGAGCCAGUAAUAAGCAAACCCAAAUCACUGACUGGUAUGUGGACAGUCAAUGCCAUUGGACGUUUGGGCAACUUAAUGGGCGAGUAUGCAACACUAUAUGCCCUUGCUAAGAUGAAUGGUCACCAAGCUUACAUUGUGCCAAAUAUGCACAACCAGCUGUCAAAGAUCUUUAAGAUUAGAUUACCUGUGCUUCACCAAGAUGUCAUAAACCGCAUUAAAUGGAGACAUUAUGGACUACACGACUGGAUGUCUGAUGAGUACAGACACAUUGAAGGGGAAUAUAUCAGCCUUGGAGGUUACCCGUGUUCAUUUACUUUCUACCACCAUAUAAGAGAUGAGAUUCUUCGAGAAUUUACUUUCCAUGAUUUUAUUAAAGAGGAGUCUAACGCUUAUCUUGAGAAAAUUCGAGGAGACAAGAAGAACGUCACCUUUGUCGGGGUUCACGUUCGGAGGGGAGACUACGUGCAUGUGAUGCCAAACACAUGGAAAGGGGUGAUUGCUGACAAAGGUUACUUGCAAAAAGCCACGGACUACUUCAGAAAGAAGUAUGAGAACCCUCUUUUUGUGGUCACCAGUAAUGGGAUGGAUUGGUGUAAAGAGAAUAUGGACAAUUCAUUGGGUGAUGUCCACUUCGCUGGAGAUGGACAGGAGGGCUCGCCUGCUCGGGAUUUUGCAUUGCUGGCACAUUGUAACCACACCAUCAUGACCAUAGGAACGUUUGGUAUUUGGGUGGGUUACUUGGUAGGAGGAGAAACCGUCUACUUAACCAACUACACUUUACCUGACUCGCCCUUCCUUAGACUUUUUAAGUAUGAAGCUGCUUUUCUUCCAGAAUGGAUUGGGAUUCCGGCGGACCUCUCACCACUUCUUAAUAAGAAAAAUCCUUAAUGAGUGCUCACCUAGUUGUCGGUAAGGCAGCUAGGACAAUCUUUAUUAGGACAAAAAUUAUGAGGUGCUUUAAAAGGUAAAAAUACAGUUCGCAACAGAAAGUAAAAUAAUACCUUCAGGCACAUUGAUUUAAAACCCUGGUGCUGGAGCAAAUUUUAAUAACAUUUAAUACCAGUAUGAGGCUAUGUUUACAUUUGUGUCUGAAGAAAAUAUUACCAUUUUGCAGGUUAUUGCUGUGAGUUAUCGCACAUUUUUUAAAAUCAUUAUCUUUCAUUUGAAAGCCAUGUUUACACACUAGUUGUUUUUUUUGUUUUUGUU